AUGAGUGAAAGCGACUCAGAUGGCUAUGGUGGAGAUAUUUUGAAGAAUCGCCGCAAGACACUAGCAAAGCAAAAACGCAAACAACAACAACAACAACAAUUGGCCACUUUUACGGACAGCGACGACGAUGAAGACGAUUCUCCACAAUUGCCGAAAAAGCCUUGCGUUCUUUCCGAUGACGAUGAUGAUAUCUCAUUCAUAGAAGGGCCGAGUAUGCCUAAAACUCAUCAAGAGUACCUUCAAGAGAAGAAACAAAAAGAAAUGAGAAACUAUGACCGCAAAAUUGAAGCCACUGUUGCUGCUGAGAUGUCAAAAUCGCGAGGUAGAGCCGUCAAAACGGUUGGGCUUAUUGAUAGAGCCUACGAGGCGUUAAAUGUAAAUACGGAUGAUGACGACGACGAAGUACUGCAAAUUCCUGAUAAAUCUGCAAAUGAUAGUGAUAUUAACACGAGUAUUCAAUUCACAAAUGUUGAAAUUGAAGUGUUUGAUAUGGAAUCGGGAAAAGGUCGUUUCGAUCGCUAUAAUAUUGAACUGAACGACAAUUUCAACAUUAUCAAUAAGGAGUUAGCGGAGCGUUGGAACUCUCCUCUGGAUCACGUCCAGCUUCGAUGCAAAGGCAGAAUUAUCGAUUCGAACUCAACCCCGGAGACUCUUGGCUUUACUCCAUUGAUGGUCCCUCCGCCAAGAUUCGAUGCGUUCAAAGUUCAAGCACCGGUUAUCACAAUUGGCGAUGGGCUACCGACAGCUUCAAAAGAAAAAGAAAAUGAGGAAAAAGAGGAGUCUGUUAUCAAAUUCCAAAUUGCCGGCCAUCGUCGGCCGAUCACAGUGCCAUUCGAGAAUAAUUAUACCAUUGGAAAACUCAAAAGUCUACUCAUGGACGAAUUGGAGAAAAUCAACGAUGAUAUACUGCCUGAUGUGAACGAGAUAAAACUAAUAUUUGACGAUCAGUACUUGACCCAAGACGAGCUAACUUGUGAAGGUUUGGGCAUUGAAGAUGGAGAUUGUAUAGACGUCUACUAA